AUGAAGCUCCACAGUUUCCGCGCUCUGCGCAUCAGCGCACUGACUGGAUCGCCCAUUGGCUAUGAGGUAUUGAUUAGGCCUGCAGAGGCAUCAGCAGUUAGUACUGCUGCUGCAACUGCAGCAGCAGCAGCAGCAAUAGAUGGUGCAGCAGCACAGGAGGCCUGCGCGGAGGCAGCAGAAGCAGCAGCAACAGCAGCAGAAGAAGGACGAGCCCUAUUUGUAUGCAAUGCCCCCUUGCUGCUGCAGCAGCAGCAACUGCAGCAAGCAUUUGCUGCCUUUGGUCCUGUUGAGGCCCUCUAUGAUAAAUUAACACAACAAAAAAUAUCCAAAAAAUCCGUGGCUAGUGUCCGUCUGGUGCAUAUUAUCUAUGAGGAAGCAGCAGCAGCAGCACGCGCAUUAGCUGCUGCUGUUCCCCUUGAAUGGGGGCCCCCUAAGGUUGGGGCAAAGGGGGCCCCUAAAAAGGGGGCCCCUAAGGAAGGACAAGUUGACGCAUUUAUGCAAUCUUAUGACCUAGGGAAGGAUUUAAGAAAACAACAAAGAAAUAAACAAAUUGUUGAUGAGGAUGGAUUCAUUCUUGUACAAGGGCCUAAGAAUAGUGCUGGAGAAGGAGAAACAAUAAAGGGUUUUCGUCGUGCAGAGACGACACAUUUGUUGCAUGCAGGAGAAGAGAAGGAAGAAGACGCUGCUGCACGAGCGCAAAAGGCACUGCAAACUUUGGCGGAGCAAGUCAAGAAGAAGGCCUUCCGCCUCACUUAA